UUAUAAUUAUGGAAAACACUUGUUUUUAUUUGGCAGGCUUCAUCGAAUUCCGUGACUGCACGUUUCAAUUACUUCUACUCGCUUGAUCGUCUAAGGAUCAUGGGGUGUUGUAAGGCAGAGACGGUGGCGCUCGUUUUCGCCGCCGUCGAAAACUUCUUCCACUCCGCGAUCAUCUUCGGAUGGCCGUCUCUCGUCUACGUGCUCAAGGACCUCGGUUAUUACAGCGAUUUAUGCCCACCACCCGACGACAACGCCACGACCACCGCGUCGACAUCGCCCUUGGUGACAGCGUCUCCCGCAUCGAUGACGACUGAAGGUGAUGAUUCGUUGGAGGAAGCCGUGGUCGAAUGCGAUGCUCAGGAUGCCAGACUGUUGCUUAUUUACACCAUUUCAUCGAGUAUGUUACCAUGCAGUAUGCUCUUAUCGGGGAUUCUCUUUACAAGAGGAGGUACCCUCAUCACCCGUCUCAUAUUCAGUGUAUCCCUAUUCAUAGCUUACCUGUGUAUGGCGCUCAGCUCCCCGUCUGUUCCCGAUCUCCUCUUCCCGGGAACAAUUAUUAUGGCGGUUACAGGGAUCUUCAUCUGCAUUUGUGGAUUUGAGGUAUCCAAUUUAUUUCCGAAGUAUAAGUCAACAUCGCUAGGACUCAUCGUCGGGGCCUGCGAUUCCAGCGCAUGCGUUUUACUGUUAAUCAAGGUCUUGUACGAUGCUGGCAUAUCGAUGAGCGCGUCUUUCUACGCCCUGGCCGUCUCGACCCUCUUCUUCACAAUAAACACCGUCCUCCUUCCUCGCGACCAUAUACCAUGGCCCCUACCUGAAGGCUAUCGACUUCGAGAUGAUGGAAUAUGCUCAAAGAACAAAGAUGAACCCCCGGAGCCGCCCCUCCAAAUUCCAGACAAUCCGAUAAAUGGAUCGACAAUAGAGACGAAGGAUAACAACAAUAAAUACGUGACUGUUAAUGACGCAUUUGAUGGUGUAAUGUCGUCAGGAUUUUAUUCAAAUUUAAAUGAGAAUGGUAUAAUGAAUAAUCACAUUUGCUCGGAUGACGUGUCUAUUGAAAAGAGGGCGGCAUCCCCGGUUGCAGAACCGGAGACUGGAGAGAAGGAGGGAUCGAUUUUAGCGAAGGAUGUUAAAGAUAAUGAGAAGGAGAAUGGCAGGGUUGUGUGCCAUGAUAACGCAGGAUAUGAACACGAUCAUGAGCAAGCACAAGAUGGGAACUUUGACGCUAUUCUCGAAACCGAUCUCAAAAUUGCUGGUCAGAAGCUCGAUAACGAGGCCGACGUCCGCGUCGACGUCGAGCUUUCCAAGGCGGCUCGUCGGGCGACCAGGGAUAAGCUGACCGAAGACCAGCGAGUCGAAGAUUUCCCGACCACGUGGUCGGUCCUGAGGUCGCCCAUGUUUCUCCUGAUGACGUUCUGGACGAUCGCGGUUCAAGGGGAGAUCUUCUUCGUGAUCGGGAUCAUGAACCCGUGGUUGACGUUUCUAGCCGAUGGCGAUACUGAAACAGUAAGUUUUUAUACCAACAUCUUAGCUGUGGCAACUAUAGGAAGUUUGUUCGGGUCGCCUAUUAUGGGUUAUGUCUUCGACCGACGAAAACAACGUUCUGAAAAGUCUCCGAAGAAAGAUGACACAAAAGGACCAUAUGCGGACUUGCGAGAUAGCUGGCUACCACUGGCCGUGGCUUCGGGUACAGCCAUAGUUAUGUCUUUGUUACUGAUGAUCCCUAACCUCCCCGUACAGUUCGGUACCUUCGUCGCACUGACGGCUGUCAGAGCCAUGUUUUAUUCUGCAUCUGCAGCCAUAGUACCAAUAAGUUUUCCCAUGCGAUUUUAUCCGACUGUGUUCGGAGCUACAAACUUCAUCGCUGGUCUAGUCUCCCUUACACAGUAUCCUCUCUUCAUUGUCAUCCAGGAAUCAUUAGGCGGUGAUCCCCGAUGGGUGAUCUUUGGGAUGAUGCUUCUCAACGUGGUUGGUCUGGUGUACCCUAUAUACAUCUAUGUCUACGGAAAUAACCGCGAGAAGCGAUACUUGGAAUCGAGAAGACCAGAAGAAGACCCAACUACAAACGGCACUGCUGCUUAACCCUCUCCCCGUUUUAUUCGACUAAGACCCCGGUUGCACCAACGAGACCGUCACCACACUGACAACCUACGAAAGGUCUCGUAGACUAGUGGUUUAUUUACUUGACCCUCAAUUCGAGGGUCUAGGGUUCGACUCCCCGCAAGGAACGAACACCCUGUGGCAAGGUUUACUUGAUCGCCCUUGU